ACCACGUGUGAAGCCGUUUGAAUUUGAAGCUUGGGACCGAAAUGAAUCAGGACUUCUUUCGUAGCUUGGCAGAUAACGCAACUCGCGGUCCGUCGACUUCCAAGCCCGAGCCUGAGGAACCGAACCCGCUACGGAACAACAACGAAGUUGGAUCGCCCCUUCGCAGCUCAGCAAAGGCACCACUGUUAUCUGCUUUCAGACCGAGGAAGUUAGACCCAAAAUUCCGCGACCGCGCCGCUGAGCGACGGGAAGGAGUCAAUGACUACGCGGAAGUAGAGGGCAUAUUAGAAGAUUUCGAACGACGAAACACAGGACCCAACAAACAUGCGGUAGACGAACAGAGAGAAUAUUUUAGUGGUGAUGUGCAACAUACGAUCCCCGUGAAAGGACUUGACCUAUCACUUCUGGAGAAGCAAAAGGCCAGAAUCGCUGCACAAAGCGAGGCGAGAGUGGAUGAUGAGCUCGAAGCUGCUUUCGCAAGUGGUUCAAGCUGGAACAAUGCAACAGCGGACGGGCCUCCCAUCUCCAGUGUCCCGAACAAGAGAACAAGAGAUGAGAUUCUCGCCGACCUUAAGCGUCAGGGGCCAAGAGAUACUCCUCCCGAUGUAGCAAAAGAGGGUGAGUUUGAGAGGGCGAAAAAACUUGGAAAGUUCAAGCCUAUCGGAGGCCUUGCCGCACUUACUUCGUCGAAACUCAAAAAGAAGGCCCAGAAAGCUCGUGUACCAGAAGUGCGGUCUACUACGUCUCUCCCUGGGGAGAAAUCGGUGUCAUCGACACCCAAACCGCCUGUUGUCACUACGGACCGUUCGACCAAAUCUACUCCCAGUCUUGCACCCCCAGACACCCAGAACGCGCGACCUCCGGAGUCGGAGGAGGCGUUUCUCGGAUCAAUCCCCUCUGGACCUAAUCCCACCCCGAACACAUCUCUUGGCACCCAACUUAUGAAAGAAGCCUCUGACGAUUUGGACAUAUUCGCAGAUGUGGGUGAUUAUGAAGGCAUUGAAUCCAGCGAUGAGGGAGAAAGAGAGAACCCCACGUCCAUCCCAUAUUCAUCAUCGCGAGCGCUGCCUGAUAAUGCACUGGCCACCACACAAUGGUUCGGUGAAGGCCCAGAGGACGAGCCCGCUGCUCUGCCAGCCACGUGGUCCCAAAGACCCCAGGCCUCUCAGCAACGUUCUGCACCUAGUUCCCUACAUCCCCCUCAAGUGCAUCAAGGUUCGGACGCUAGAGAAGGUGGAGGAGGUGAUGAUGUUUCCCGUUCGCCACCUAGGCCAACUCGCCUCGAAGGUCUUUCUUCAUCAGGACCAUCUAUCCGCGAAAUCAUUGAGAUGGAUAAAGCCGCUGAGGCCGCUGAGAAGAAGAAGGCUCGCAAGGAGAAACUUAAAGCGAAAAUGGGUGGUGGAUUGACUUCAACUGGGGAGACGAAGGAACCUCCCCCAAAGAGAAAAUUAGGGAAGGAGGCCAAGUUAAAUAAGGAGUUCCAGCAGUACCAAGCUUAUGUUGGAUCCAGUGAGAAGCAAGGGUAGUCUACGAUAUACGCACGUCUGAUCAGGUCUGUAUAUGUAAGAGCCCUGAAUAGUUUCCUCCGUAUUUCGAAAGUUCAGCGUUAUCAUGAUCUUUGGGACCAGUUCCGGCUCCACAACAAAGCAGAGUCCCGACAACUAUUUGACUCUUACCGUACAUCAUUUGAGUAUUUCAUUUCGAAGCAUGUCCCCUGUAGGA